AUGACCUCAACUUCCACUCUAUAUCAAGGUCUGCAAUCUUGUCUAGAGCCUACACUUCUUGAACCACAUGUCUUAAUGAACAAAUUGCCUCCUCUUAUAUCAAAUUACCUACAAUCUACCACAUUGCUUCAAAUGUCUAAUACAUCUCCACAAGAAGCAGAAACUGAAGAAGAGAAUGAAGUAAAUGGCCUUAGUUUCAAUGAACUGCAAAAUCAACAUGACAAUAGUGACAUGGGUUGUGGAUGGAGCUUCAUACAAGAACUGGAAAAUCCAUGUCAAUACCCGAAAAAAGGCUAUUUAGAGGACGAAGAAGUUUAUGUUCAUCCUCUGGAAAAGUUGUGUACUCUCAACACAAAGAGUUUGGAAAUGUGCACUGAAAGCUUAGGAAGCGAAACAGGCAGUGACAUUAGUGAAAGCAUGGAAGAAUUCUCUCCUUUCUUGUCCGAAAAAGAGACGAAUUUUCACCGAUCAAAAAGUCGAGAAUUCACGAAAAAAUUCAACAGGGCAAGUAGUUUUCCACCUCCUCUAACAUCAAUGAGUGGAAAUGAAGGUGUUCAAGUUAGACCUCAUCGCGAAGGUGGUCGUUUAGUAUUAAAAGCUGUGAUAAUCAAUUCUUGUAACUCUUAUUUCCAAGCUGAACGUUCAGAUGGUAGGCUUAGGCUUUCCUUGUUAAGACAUGAAGAAUGUAGCUAUGGAGAAGAAGAUGACGAAAUUAGCCAAGAGAAUGAAGAUGAAAAUGAAGAUGAUGAAAUUUGUAGUAGAAAAUUAGGAAGUCAUGAUAUUGGGGUAGGAGAGUAUGCAAGACCAAGUAGGUGCAAAGCAAGUGAGAGUAGGAAUAAAGUAAUUCCAAGCUGGGAGUCAUUUUGGGUGGCUAUUUCCUAA